UCCCUCCCUUUCACCAUAGCCUCUUCUCUCCCCUCUCAUUUUUCUUUCUUUUUUUCCUGCCUUGGAGAAAGUGGGAGGAGGAGAAGGAGGACAGAAGUGGCAGAUCUCCAGGAGUUUGGAAGUUUGUCCCAUCCCAGAUUUGAACUCUGCACCACAGCUCCUCUGGUUUUAGACUGCGAGGUUGUCUGUCCCGUUCUGCCUUCACUGUUCCCUCCUUGUGCAGGAGCCCCUUGUCCUUUGACCCCCUCCCCAUCAGAGCCCCCUCCGACCUCCUGUGUUCCACUCGGAUGAUAAUGACCAGAACUCCAGCUUCCAGUGAUUUUGUAUAAAUUGUUUCCUCCUGAAAAAUCAAACCCAUUGGAACACAGCAUUUUCAGGUGUCCUCUUCAUUUGAAGAUGAGGACUAAACUGAUGUUGCCCCUCGUUGCCCUUCUGGGUAUCCUGUGUACAGGACUUGUCCCAAAACUUGAUGCUCAGGAAGACUGUGCAGAAGGGUUGCCCGCUGAUAUAUACUUUCUAGUGGAUUCAUCCUGGAGUAUCGGAGAGGAGAACUAUGAGCAUGUCCGACACUUUUUGUACGGCCUGAUAGAGGCGCUGCACAGGGUCGGUGGGAACGGGUUUAAAUUUGCUCUUGUGCAGUACAAUACCAGACCACAGACUGAGUUCCAACUCGACAGCUACUCAAGCACUCAGAGCAUCCUGGGACACAUCAAAUCCAUGUCCUAUCAUGGUGGGGGCACACGCACAGGCCUGGGCCUGGACUUCCUGAUACGUACACACAUGAACACUGCUGCGGGCAGCCGUGCUGCUGAAGGAGUGACGCAGGUGGUGGUGGUGCUAACAGACGGGCGAUCUCAAGAUGACGUGUCGGAGCCAGCUCUGGUGCUACACUUAGCGGGUGUCAAGGUGUUUGCAGUCGGAGUAAAGGAUGCGGUGGAGUCAGAGCUCAGGGAGAUGUCUAGUCAGCCCCACGACAUUCACGUGAUCAGUGUAGACUCUUUUCUCAACUUGCGGAACGUAAUCCAAGAUUUAGUCGUGCGGCUUUGCAGGGCAGUGACCCGGCCAUGGGGGGCUGCUGUGGCAAAUGAGGCCCCUGUGGCUGGAGGAGGGACAGCACAAGAUUCAGCUGACCUAAUUAUCUUAAUUGAUGGAUCACAGAACGUUGGAGCAGCAGACUUCCCAGACGUGCGUGAUUUUGUUUUGAGAAUCAUUGAGGGACUUGAUAUAGGAAGGGACACUGUUCGGGUGGCCUUGGCCCUGUACAACUCCUACCCAGAGAUCAAGUUCUAUCUGAAUAGCUAUGACAGCAAGUCAUCAGUUCUGGACGCUGUGAAGGGCCUCACCUACUCAGGGGGCGAUGACUCUAACCUGGGGGCUGCAUUGGAAGAAGUGGCUCAAAGUCUAUUGAGCCAAUCAGCUGGGGGCAGGGCAGAUGAGGGUGUGCCCCAGAUGCUACUGGUUAUCAGUGCUGGGCCAUCCUCUGAUGAUACUGGUGCUGGUGAUCGGGCCCUUAAGAGGGCUGGAGUUAUCACAUUCGGCAUGGCCAUUGGUAACACUGCCAGUGCCGACCUUGAAAUGGUUGCUUCAGACAAGAGUUUUGUCCAGGUAGCCCCCGAUUUCAGAGCAGUGUCCAACAUGGGUGAUCAGCUACUACCGUACCUUAACGGCGUGGUCCAGCGCACCAUUGUUGUUCAGACCGAGUUCACGGAAGUCUUGGCAGUUGGUCGACGGGACAUCAUUUUCCUCAUCGACAGUACUAUGGGAUCAAUACUCGUUAACACUGCUCGUGAAUUCAUCAAACGGUUUGUCGAGACUAUGCCCAUUGGUCCAAAUCAGGUGCAAGUUGGUGUGGCCCAGUUUAGUGAUACCCCCAAAAUUGAGAUGGAACUGAACUCCCAUGGAUCCCGGGAUUCCUUGGUUGCUGCACUUGGCCAGAUCAAACCAAAACCUGGUCAAUAUGUCAAUAUUGGCACAGCCUUGGACUUUGUUCGGGUGAAUAUGCUCCGAACUGAGAAGGGCAGUCGUAUUCAUCAGGGCAUACCACAGAUCGUACUGCUGUUGACCGGUAAAAAGUCGAAUGACAGAGUGGAACAACCUGCUAGAGCCCUACACAGAAUGGGUGUGCUAACUAUGGCUGUUGGCGUCAAGGCUGCUGAUGGGGAGGAGCUAAGACAGAUUGCCUUCUCUGAAAAUGUGGCCUUUUUGCCGAGAGACUUGCGCUUAAUACUCCGCAACCCACUACAACGGCAAAUGGUUGAUGCACUGUCCACACUAGCCGGGACUGUGGUUACGGAGACGCCCACCGCACCAGACGUGGAGAUUACCACAGUGGAGACCCAGAAAGUGGUCAGAGACUUUGUCUUUCUUGUUGACGGCUCAAACUACAUCGGCAGCACCAACUGGCCCUAUGUGAGAGACUACAUGAUCAACUUGGUAAACCAACUAGAUGUGCGACCUGAGAGGGCUCAAAUUGGUCUUGUACAGUUCGCUCAAGACCCAAAAAUUGAAUUCUACCUGAAUAGAUAUAAUAACCGACAAGAUGUGGUGAAUAAAAUCUCCCAACUGAGACUAACUGGAGGCUCAGUUCUGAACACAGGAGCCGCCAUGAGACACGCCCUCAGCAAAAUGUUUGUAUCGUCAGCUGGGUCACGUAGGAGGCAGGGAGUCCCGCAGGUGUUGGUGCUGAUCACUGGUGGUCCAUCCCAGGAUGAGAUUAAAACCAUAGCUGAUCAGUUGGCUCUGGCUGGAGUUUUGACCUUCACAGUAAGCUCCGGACAAGCAGAAGAAUCCCUCCUGAAAACAGUUGCCUUUGUUCCAGAUUUGGCCUAUCAUGACAGCAGCUUCUCAAACAUACCUGCAAUGGCCGAACUGAUGAUGCCCCAGUUGAUAACCGUAGUUGGGGAUGUAGAUACGAUAAAUGUUGAAGAACCUGAAGUAAGCGUUGGAACAGAGAGGGAUGUUGCUUUCCUCAUUGAUGGUACUGACAACGUUAGAGCUGAUUUUGCCUACAUCCAGGAUUUUAUAAUUAAAGUCAUUGAACCACUUGACAUUGGAAUUGACAGAGUGCGUGUCUCAGUGGUUCAACACAGUGAAACUCCAUUUCCCAGUUUCUACCUGAACACUUACCAAACCAAAGAUGAAGUGAUCACAGCUGUCAACUCAAUGAAACCUACUGGUGGAAGGAGUCUCAACACAGGAUCUGCACUGAGGUUUAUGAAAGACACCAUCUUGUCGCCCCAAUAUGGCAGCAGGGCAGCACAAAAUGUCCCUCAGUUUCUGAUUGUUUUGACUGGAGGCCGGUCUAGGGACAGCGUAAAGGAACCAGCUGGUGCACUGAAGACAGAGGGAGUUGUACCAUUUGGUGUUGGUGUGAGGGAUGCUGACCCAAAGCAGAUUCGAGCCAUUUCACACAACCCCUCCUUUGCCUUUAAUGUGAGAGAAUUCAGUGAGCUUAGCACUGUGCCACAAAGGCUCAAUAACUACGUAAGUCUACCAACGGAUGAACUCAACACUAUCCUUCAGCAAGUUGAGUUAGAGUCCCCUCAAAGAGACAUUGUGUUUCUAAUGGACGGGUCUGACAACACCCGGGAUGACUUUCAUGCAAUGAAAGAUUUUGUCCAAAAAAUGAUGGAAGCACUCACUCUGGGUGAAAACAAAGACCGCGUUUCUGUGGUUCAGUACAGCAAGGAACCACAGACGCAUUUUAACUUUAACACCCACAACAAAAAGCAAGAUAUCCUGAGCGCUCUCCAAGAGUUGGAGCAUAAAGGGGGCAGGCCCCUAAACACCGGAGCUGCCCUGGACCACGUCAGAGUAAAUACCUUUGCUGAAGCAUCAGGGAGUCGGCAUCAGGAAGGUGUUCCUCAGAUACUGAUCCUUCUAAGUGGUGGAAGAUCUGCAGAUGAUGUUGCAAAUGCAGCCGCAUCACUAAAGCAGAAAAAUGUUGUGGCGUUCUGUGUCGGUAUCAGAAAUGCAGAUAUACUCGAACUUCAAAUGAUCGCCCACAAUCCUUCCUAUGCUCUUACUGUUGAUGGAUUUGAUAAUACUUGGGGCGUCCAUCAACAAUUAAUGUCUUUUGUGAAAAGAGUGCCUCGUCAGCAGCCAAGACUAAACCCACCGAAAACAUUAGGUUCUGAAGAUCACACAGGAUCUGUCCAACGCGAUAUUGUGUUUUUGCUGGAUUCCUCUGAUGAAAUGCAAAAUGAAUUUUGGAAAAUGCUCAGCUUUGUUAGGAGAGCGGUGGAAAAACUCAAUGUGGAUGAGAAACAUGACCAGGUUUCAUUGGUGCAGUACAGUCGAAACGCUUCAGCUGUGUUUUUACUGAACACAUACCAAACAAAACAGGACAUUCUAAACACAAUGCAACAUCUCAGGCACAAAGGAGGCAGACCCCUUAAUACUGGUGCCGCCCUGCAGUUUGUAAAAAGCACUGUUUUUUCUGCUUCUGCUGGAAGUAGACAUCAAGAGGGCAUUCCACAGAUUUUGGUUGUCAUAACUGGUGGACAAUCCAAUGAUGAUGUCCGAUUUGCAGCAAAAACCUUGACAGAACUUGGUGUCACAAUUUUUGUCAUUGGAACAAGAAAUGCUAAUAUCUUUGAGAUCCAGAACAUUUCACAGGAAUCAAGUCGUGCUUUCUUUGCAGCAGACUCAAGUGAUUUUUCAAAAUUUGAACAACAAAUACUGUCUGCUUCAAAAAAUUCUGAAUACCAUGCUUUCAAACCAACAACACAUGAUUACAGCAGAAGAGAUAUUGUAUUUUUGAUUGACGGCUCUGAUGAUUCUAAGAAAAGAUUCCCCGAUAUAAAAGACUUUGUACAAAGAAUAGCCGCAGAAUUAAAUAUAGCUUCAAACAAGGAUCGUGUGGCCGUUGUUCAGUACAGUCACACAGCAGAGACUACGUUCAACUUUAAACAGUACUCAACAGAGACUGAUGUUCUUAAUGCAGUAAGAAACCUGAGUCACAAAGGUGGGCACCCUCACAACAUUGGAGCAGCUCUCCAGUAUUUGAAAGACCAUGUGUUUACUGCUGAAUCAGGGAGUAGACUCUUCGAAGGAGUUCCACAAAUACUCAUAAUGCUAAAUGGUGAAAGAUCUGAAGAUGACAUAAGAACUCCAGUAAAAAUCCUGAAUGAAAUGGGUGUUGUCUCAAUCGCCAUUGGAACAGUUCAUGCAGACACUCUAGAGCUCCAGACAAUAGCUCAUAAACCCAGUUAUGCACUUUCAAUCACGGAUUAUGACGAGCUUCCUUCUACAACGAGUGAUGUUCUAUCACUGUUGAGGGAGGCUUCUCAGGAAGAAACGAGAAAUGCUCCCACUAAAGAUUUAGAUUCUAAGAAAAAUGACAUAGUGUUUCUUGUUGAUGGAUCAUCUGAUUCACAUAACGGCUUUGAAGGGAUACGUCAUUUUAUGGAAAAAUUCGUAGAAGGUCUGAAUCUUGGUGAAAACAGAGACCAAGUAGCUGUUGUUCAAUAUAGUCGUGAUGCCACAGUGAACUUCUACCUAAAUUCCUAUUCAUCCAAGGAUGAUGUUCUGGUUUCUAUUAAAACAAUGAGUCAUAAGUUCGGAAGACCACUAAAUACUGGCAAAGCCCUGGCCUUUGUCAGAGACAACGUCUUUUCUCCAACGGUCGGAGGCAGACGUAAGGACCUGGUCCCCCAGUACCUUUACGUUUUUAGUGGCGGACGUUCGGAGGAUGAUGUCAGAGAAGUAGGCCAGUCACUCAAAGAUAAUGGAAUAGUGACUUUUACUAUUGGCACAAAGAAUUCUGAUACUCUGGAAAUGCAAACCAUUUCUCUCAUACCUGCAUAUUAUUUUCAUGUCAAAGAUUUUAAUAAUCUCCAAAGUAUUCAUCCAUCUUUGGAAGCCACAUUGAAGGGUUCUCAAGAAACAAGAGAGACCCCAAGUGUUAUUGACACUGAAACAUUUUCAAAUGUAGAGCUUCAAAAGGCUGAUAUUGUUUUUCUCAUGGAUGCAUCUGAUCAAAGUCAAGCGAAUGGCAGACUAGUUUUGGACUUCAUAAAAGAGUUUGUCAAGCGAAUAGAAAUCGGUACAAGCAACGUACAAGUCGCUUUGAUUCAGUACAGCACAGAGCCAGAGCCUGAAUUUCUUCUGAACACAUACUCACUUAAAGAUCCCAUUAUGAGUCAUAUAAGCAAUGUGAAUCUGAAAGGUGACUUUGUACUGAACACUGGUCUGGCCCUCCAGUAUGUGAAAAACAAUGUUCUGGUUGCAUCAUCUGGGAGCAGAGCACUCCAAGGAGUCCCACAAAUAGUAAUUCUUUUUAGUGGAAGACAGUCAGAUGAUGAUGUCUUAAGUCCAGUCGAAGAACUGACAAAUUCUGGAAUCUCCCUUUUUAAAGUUGGGGUUAAUAAAAGUGAUGGAGUAGAAACAGGAGAGGAGUAUAUCAUGAAGGACAAGUCCGACUUUCCUUUAUUAAAAACAAAUUUAAUCUCUGCCAUCACGUCUCACAGAGGACCAAUAAGCCCGGGUGUUGGUACAAAACCAAGGAUUAAAAAUGAUAUUGUGUUUCUCAUUGAUGGAUCUGAUGAUGUUAGAAGUAAAUUCCCUGCAAUGCGUGAUUUCAUUGCAACUCUUGUUGACAACUUUGAACUUGACCAAGGGGAAGAUAAAGUUGCUGUUGUACAGUACAGCAAUGAUGCUGAAGUCAGUUUUAAUCUGGAUACUUACAACACAAGAGAUGACAUUAUUAAACAUAUCAAAAUGUUGAGACCAAAAGGUGGAAGACCACAGUAUAUCGGAGCAGCACUACAGUUUGUGAAGGAUAAUGUCUUUGUCUCAAAAGCUAAAGAUCAACAUCAUCACCGAAAACAGAUACUUGUCGUAAUGACUGGUGGAAGAUCUAGAGACUCCCCGAGAGGCCCAGCAAGCAUGCUUAAGGCAGCUGGGGUUGUUGCCUUUGCAAUUGGAUCAAAAAUGUCAAAUUUAUCUGAAAUGAAUAUCAUUUCAUCGGACAAAAGUUACUCAUAUAUUGUGUCUGACUUUGACAACCUGCCUCUUAUUCAACAGCUUUUAUUAAACUAUAUGACUCACGUUGGAGUCAAGGAGGAAACUAAGUUAGAGAGACAACCCGUGGGGAGAGAUGUUGUUUUCUUGAUGGAUGGAUCUGAUGGUAGUAGCAAUGGAUUCCCUGCUAUGCAAGACUUUGUCCAAAGAUUAGUAGAGACACUCAGUGUGGAUGACAAGAAAGAUCGUGUCUCAGUGGUUCAAUACAGCCAUGAUCCAGCUGUACAGUUCUAUCUGAACACGUACACAACAAAAAGUGACAUUCUUGAUGCUGUCAAAAAUAUGAGACCCAAAGGUGGAAGAGCCCUCAACACUGGAGCAGCCCUCCAGUACUUGAGAGAUAACGUCUUUACUGGGUCUGCGGGGAGUAGGAACUUGGCNGGAGUCCCACAGUUGCUAAUAGUGCUAAGCGGUGGAAGAUCUUCUGACAGCAUUGAUAGGCCAGCCUCUGCUCUCAAACAGAUGGGUGUCCUGAUAUUUGCAAUUGGAAACAGGAACACAGAUAGCGGAGAACUGCAGACAAUGGCCCAUGAUUACAGCUAUGCCUUCUCUGUGUCUGAGUUCAAUGACCUUCCCAGUAUCCACCAGCAACUUCAGUCCUCUGUGAAGACUGCAGUUGUUAAAGUCACACCUGAAUCUCCGACUGUGCAUGCCCAAAGCCCUCGUAGAGAUAUUGUUUUCCUCGUUGAUGGAUCUGAUGGUGUUGGACGAGAUUUUCCCAUCAUUCAAGAGUUUAUUCGUAGAAUUGUAGAGAUUCUUAAUGUUGGGGAAGAUAAAAUUAGAAUUGCUGUGGUCCAGUAUGGGGACUACGCACAGGCUGACAUGUAUCUGAACUCUCACAGAACCAAAGAUGAGGUUAUGAAUGCUGUUAGGGGAAUCAGGCAGAGAGGAGGAAGACAGCGUAACCUGGGGCAGGCCUUGCAGUUUGUUGACCGAGAUGUACUCACUGCAGCACGGGGAAGCAGGAGGCAAGAAGGUGUACCACAGUUUGUUAUUGCUGUCUCCAGUGGGUCUUCUACAGAUGAUGUUAGCUCAGCAGCAUCAACCCUUAAACAAUCAAGGGUUCUUCCUUUCAGCAUUGGCACCAGGGAUGUUAAUCCUUCAGAGCUGCGAGUGGUGUCAUAUGUGCCCAAUUUUGCCUUCACUGUAGAUGACAUACCAGGCCUCUAUACAGUACAAGAAAACAUAAUCAACACAGUCACUGAGUUGUCAGACGAGGAUAUUGCUACGAUGCGUCCCAUAUUUCCAACCAUUGAAGUUAUCACACCAAGACCUUCAGGACAAGAAAAAAGGGAUGUUGUCUUUUUAAUUGAUGGCACAACAGCAGUGCGUAGUGAAUUCCCUGCCAUUCGGGAAAUGAUAAGGAGAGUUGUGGAGAAGCUCGACGUUGGAAUGGACGGUGUUCGGGUUUCAGUGGUCCAGUACAGCGAUGAUCCAAAAUUAGAAUUUCUUCUUAAUGAAUUUUCUACAAAGGAUGAAGUCAGACAGGCUGUGACGAGACUACGAAACAAAGGCGGAAACCGCCUUAACACCGGUCGUGCUCUUGAGUGGGUCUCAAGGAAUAUCUUCCAGAGGUCUGCAGGAAGCCGAAUUGAGGAGGGUGUUCCUCAAUUUCUCAUUCUUGUUACUGGUGGCAAGUCUGCAGAUGAUGUUUACGGUCCAGCUGACCAGCUGAAGAGAAGCCAAGUAGCACCUCUCGCUAUUGGUUCAAGAAAUGCUGACAUUGAUGAACUGCGACAAAUUUCCCUGAAACCUGAGCUUGCUCAAACAGUUGAAACCUUCCAGCAGCUUCCAAGGGUGGAGUCAAAGCUCAUUGAGUCUGUCAAGACUAUAUCCACUGCUGAUAUUAUCAGCAUUGUUACUGUUCCCACUAUUGAUGAAUCACUAAACCUUGGGAGAAAAGACAUAAUUUUCCUGAUUGAUGGCUCAGACAGCACAGGUGUGUCCGGCAUUGCACAUAUCCGUGACUUCAUCCUUAACAUUGUCCAACAACUUGAUGUGCAACCUGAUCAAGUGCGAGUGGCUGUUGUCCAGUAUGCAGACAAUGUUAAAACAGAAUUCUCACUCAACUCACACAACAACAAGCCAUCCGUUAUCUCUGCUAUAAAGCGACUUCGUCAAAUGGGUGGCCGCUCAUCGGACCUGGCUGAUGCCAUUAACUAUGUGAUACAGAAUGAGUUAAAACCCUCUGCUGGUGUUCGUUUUGCUGAGGCCUCCCAACAUCUUGUGGUUCUCACUGGUGGACGUUCACCCCAGGAUGUUUCCAUCUAUGGACCUCUGCUGAAAGGCUCACGUGUAAACUGCAUUGGAGUUGGGGCUGGUCCUGGUGUUGACACGAGACAACUAGCCCAAAUUACCACCUCCCCAGAUGAUGUCCUUCAGGUUCCAGUUUCUUCUUUACCUAAUCUACCAACAAUUAAGGAAAGAUUGUUUUCCAGAUUGAGUGGAACUAUCCCUGAGGAACCACCAACAGAAACAGAUCCAAGUCUCCCUUCAAAAAAGGCUGAUAUUGUAUUUUUGGUGGACGGCUCGAUCAACUUGGGCAGAAAAAACUUCAAUGAGGUGAUGUCAUUUAUCCUUAACCUGAUCGACCUUUUCUUCACGGAAAGAGACAAACUGCAGUUUGGGUUGGCCCAUUAUGCUACCGAUGUAACUGACGUCUUCUACCUCAACACGUACAAGAACAAGGAUGACAUUAUAAGUGCCAUUGGACGAGCAGAGUACAAAGGUGGAAACAAAAUCAACACUGGUGCAGCAAUUCGCCAUGUUCAGGAUGUUCACUUCACCAAAGAAAAGGGCAGUAGGAUUGAUGAGGGCACUCCGCAGAUACUCAUGCUCAUCACUGGAGGGCGUUCAGCUGAUGACAGCAAAACAGCAGCACUAGGUCUGAAGAAAAAGGGUGUGAGAAUCUUUGCCGUUGGAGUGGGUGAUGUCGAAAAUGAGUUGGUAAACAUUGCUAGUGAGCCUACGACUGUGGCUAGAGCACCCACCUUCCUUGGACUUUCUGAGCUCAAUGAGCUAAUCCUGGAGACUCUAGAUGAUGAAGUCAAAGGAAAGCUCUGCGUUGAUGUGCAUAAAGAUACCAAACCCUGCAAUGUAGAAGUGUUGGUGGGCUUUGAUGUUGCUGCACAGAACAUCUUCAGUGCUCAGACCAAUCUUCAGAGUAAGAUGGGAGGCAUUCUUCAGAGAAUCACUAAAAUGGGAGCCAUUAGUUGUUCAUCUGGGCAAAUACCUUCUGUACAAGUGGGCAUACUCGCUGUGGAUGCUGGUUCUGAACCUGUCCAGCUUGACUUUACAAACAAUGCUGAUGAGCUCUUUGAGGCCUUUAGAGCACUUCGUACUCGUGGUCCCUUCGUGCUCAAUGGGAAGACGAUAUCAGCUUACAUGAACAGGUUUAAAACCAGACAGGACAGUGUUGUCAAGGUUGUCAUUCACCUGACUGAUGGAAUUGAUGCACCAUAUGCCACAAUGAAAAGACAAGUGGAUUUGCUUCAGGAGUCAGGAGUAAAUAGUUUCAUUCUGGUUGGACUGGAACGAGUGCCUAAAUUUGAGGAAGCUGUACUUUUGGAAUAUGGUCGUGGGUUCAGAUACACCAGACCCUUACGAGUAAACAUCAUGGACUUGGACUACGAGCUACUGGAAGAACUAGACAACAUUGCGGAGAGAGCAUGCUGCGGAGUGCCUUGCAAAUGUACUGGUACCAGAGGAGACAGAGGCUCGGUUGGACUUCCAGGCACAAAGGGUAGCCCAGGAUCUCCAGGAAGCCAAGGACAUCCAGGAGAUGAGGGUGGACCUGGAGAGAGAGGUCCUCCUGGUAUCAAUGGAACACAGGGUUACAAGGGUUGCCCAGGACAAAGAGGUGUCAAGGGUUCUCGAGGAUACUCUGGAGAAAAGGGUGAAUUUGGAGAACUUGGACUUGAUGGUAUCAACGGAGAAGAGGGUAAAAGUGGAGUUGCUGGACCCCCAGGAGAAAGAGGAAACCCUGGCAGAAGGGGCCCCAAAGGUGCCAAAGGACUGGCAGGAGACACAGGGGAACCUGGAAUCAGAGGAGACCCUGGGACAAGUGGGAAAGACAACAAUCAACGUGGACCUAAAGGAGAUGCUGGUGAUGCUGGACCAGCGGGAGACCAAGGUGGCAACGGAAAGGCGGGAGGCCCUGGAGAAGCAGGAAGAAGAGGACCUGACGGCAGAAGAGGAGCACCGGGACCACGUGGAGGACCUGGGAAGCCUGGAACCGAUGGUGUACAGGGAGAACCUGGUAUAGGAGGUCCCAGAGGUCCAAGUGGACCAAAUGGUGCCCCUGGGCCGAGAGGAGAAGAUGGAAACCCUGGACCUAGGGGACUUGGAGGGAAGCCUGGUACUGCUGGAGAAAAGGGCCGAAGAGGAGCGCCUGGUCGUAAGGGAGAGCCAGGAGAUCCAGGCCCACAGGGUGCUGUUGGACCACUUGGCCCCCAUGGAGAGCCUGGUGAAGAUGGUAGGGAUGGAUUUGGGUCUCCAGGGCCCAAGGGAAGAAAGGGUGACCCAGGCUUUCCAGGACGCCCAGGAGAAAAGGGCGCAGCUGGUGACCCUGGCAGCAAAGGUGGACCUGGACCUAGAGGAAACCGUGGACAGAGAGGUGUCUCUGGAAACAUUGGUACACCCGGACAGAAAGGAGAGGUUGGAUAUCCUGGACCAUAUGGCCAGAAAGGACCAAAAGGACCAGGUGUUGUGCAAUGUGAACUAGUCAAGAAGAUAAGGGACAACUGUCCAUGCUGUUAUGGUCAGAAGGAAUGCCCACUCUACCCUACUGAGUUAGCCUUUGCCCUUGACGCUUCUCAGAAUGUUGACCGUCGAAUUUUCAACAACAUGCGUGACACUGUGCUGCGUCUGCUCAGAAACAUUACCAUCUCAGAGAGUAACUGCCCAAGAGGCGCCCGUGUUGCCUUGACUCUCUACAACAGUGAGGUCACAACUGAGGUUCGCUUCGCUGAUGCAAUGAAAAAGCGUGCUCUGCUGCAGCGUGUUGAAGGACUGCAAACCCUACAGACGAGCAAAGAGCGUAGCCUACCUACAGCAAUGAGCUUUGUGGCCCAGAACACCUUCAAGAGAGUGCGCAGCGGUUUUCUAAUGAGAAAGGUGGCCAUCUUCUUCGUAGGCGGGUCACUCGGUCAGGUACAAGGAAUCACCAACGCAGCCAUGCGCUUGCAUGAUGCCGGAAUUGCUACCCUCUUCUUGGUCAAUCGUGAGGAAAGAGGACUUGGCAGAGCACUGCAGGUCAACAACACAGCUCUUGCCCAGGUGAUUGUCCUUCCCAGUCCAGGAAGUGCUCAGUACAACUCAGUGAUCCAGAAGAUUUUGAACUGCCAUGUCUGCUUUGAUCUCUGCUCUCCUGACCAAAUCUGCGACUAUGCGCCUCCACUAACCAGUCGAGACCGGCGAUCCUCGGCCACAGACAUUGAUAUUGACAUGGCUUUUGUCAUGGACAGCUCAGAAUCCACUUCCCCAACCGCCUUUACUGAGAUCAAACGCUAUAUAGCACAAAUAGUAGAUCAGCUAGAGGUGUCUUCAGAUCCAACAACAUCCGUUCAUCAGGCCAGAGUGUCUGUGAUCCAACAGGCAACCUAUGAGUUCAUCCACAACAAAACUGGCUCUCCUAUUCUUGUAGACAUAGGCCUGACUGAGCACAGAUCAGCCAUCAGAUUCCUGGUGGAGAAGACCCCGCAGUUAGAGGGCGGGCGGGCACUAGCAGCAGCCAUUGAAUCUACCGUAGAGCAAGUGUUUGAUAAGGCGCCUCUUCAACGUGACAGGAAAGUGCUUGUGCUCUUCGUGACAGGAAAUGUGGAAGAAGAUGAAGAGCAGUUGGUGCGUAUCGCCACUGAGGUUAAAUGUAGAGGCUUUUUCGUCGUCAUACUGGGUGUCGGCGAGAAGCUGACUGCCAGUGAUUCUCGGGUUUUAUCACGUAUGGCUAGUGAGCCAUCAGAUGUUUUCUUUAAACGACUGGACAGCAUCUCUCAGUUCUACGACAAAUACCUCCAGACCUUCAGCCAACUGAUGCCCAAAUAUAUAGCCAUUGAAAAUGCUUUCUACAUGUCGCCAGAAGUUUCCAAAAACUGCAAAUGGUUUCAGAGUGACCAGCCUAUGAAAAACCCGUUCACAGGAACCUCUUCACAGCAGAAUAAACAUCAGAAAUCACAUGAGAUUCACCAACCAGUGCAACCAAAAAAACACAAAGAUGGGGACGAGCUCCACGUCUCCAACGUCACCUCCAGCAGUUUUAAAUUACGCUGGAGCAGCCCAGACCCCGUGCUCUUUGUUUAUUUUGAGGUAUUGGUGACAAGGUUGUCCGACCAUGGACUGGUAUUAAAGACCAACGUCUCUGGCACCGAACUUUCUGUGGACAACUUACAAAGUGCCCAGACUUACCACACAGUGGUCACUGCCUACACCGCACACGGUCAAAUUGUCUCCACCCGCAAAGGAAUCGUCACUACCAAAACAGCAGACCAUAAGCCAGUCAAGACUGUAAGACCUACAUCAACAAGUGUUAAUGAGCAUGUUGACCCAUGCUCACUUGACUAUGAUGCUGGAAUGCCAUGCAAAGAGUAUCAGGCUAAGUGGUUCUUUGACAGAAAGAACGGGAUCUGUACACAGUUCUGGUAUGGAGGUUGUGGCGGCAAUGAGAAUAGGUUCGACACUGAGACUGUCUGCUUGAAAAACUGCAAGAGGUCAGUACCUGAGCCUCCAGCAAAGGUGGAGCAGAGUGAACAGGUGGAGAUCCUCCAAGCUCCUGCAGCCCUCAAAGCUGUAGACAUCUGCCAGCUUUCCAAAGAAGAAGGCGCAUGUGCCAAGUUUGUCCUGAAGUGGCACUACGACGCCCCCAGCAAGAGCUGCACGCGCUUCUGGUACGGAGGAUGCGGGGGGAACCAGAACCGCUUCGAUACAUACGAGCAGUGCGUGAAGGCCUGUGGAGAAGCAGCACCCGUCCAACGAGGAGUCAUCGCUGCGAUCUAAAGGUGGAACCAAAGAGAAGAACUCUUACAGGAGAGUUAGGAGAACCUUCCAUCACGGCCGUACUGUAAGGAUGUAAUACCAAACCAAUGGUGGCUGCACUGGAACCACACAAACGGACUUUAUACCCGCGAUUCUUGAAGUAGUCAUUUCUUCACUAAGAGAACGGAGGCACGUGAUUGGCUGCCCUUGUUGUCUGUUGGUGCUACAUAGUAAACAUAGUUUUUUACAGAUGUUAAAGGCAUUCAUUUUGAAAAGGUCCAUUUUCUGGAACGCCAUAUUGAGUUAAAUUUCUUUAAAUGUAAAAAUGAAGAUUAGCGAUAAAUCAACAGAUGAUUUUUUUUAAUUUUGUUUGUGUUUUUUUUUUUUACACGUUCCACAUUCUUUAUAAAACACACACUCUGACGGGUUUUUGCUUUUCUCACACACUUUUGAUUCUAUUUGAUUGACGGCUUCACCGCGUCACCAUGGCAGUUGUUUUUUUUUGUUGUUUUGUUUGUUUGUUUUUUUACAAAUGGCAGCAUGUGUUUUUUAUUACAGCAACUGCUUGGAAAAAACUAAAAUGUAAAAAACAAAGUGCAUUUCUGGAGCCACUGCUUCACACACACACACACACACACACACACACGCGUUCAAGUUAUUAAAGAAUGAGAUGUACGUGUCCGACUGCUGUCGCGUCAUUUGGUUUCAUCUGGUGCUGAGAAAAUAAACUUCUUCAGACUUUUUAAUAAACGUCAGCAACUGAU